AUGAACCCCAAAGCUCUGAACCCCAAAGCACCGAACCCCGAAGCACCAAACCCCGAAGCACCAAACCCCGAAGCACCAAACCCCGAAGCAAUGAACCCCAAAGCUCUGAACCCCAAAGCUCUGAAUCUGGAUGCACCAAAUCCCAAAGAACCAAACCCCAAAGCACCAAACCCCAAAGCUCCGAACCCCAAAGCUCCGAACCCCAAAGCUCCGAACCCCAAAGCACUGAACUCUGAUACACCAAACCCCAAAGCACCAAAUCCCAAAGCACCGAACCCCAAAGCACCAAACUCUGAUGUACCAAACCCCAAAGCUCUGAACCCCACAGCACCAAACCCCAAAGCUCUGAACCCCACAGCACCAAACCCCAAAGCUCUGAGCCCCAAAGCACCAAACCCCAAAGCAUCAAACCCUGAAGCACCAAACCCCAAAGCACCAAACCCUGAGACACCGAACCCCGAAGCACCGAACCCCGAAGCACCGAACCCUGAAGCAAUGAACCCCAAAGCUCUGAACCUCAAAGCUCUGAACCUCAAAGCUCUGAACCCCAAAGCAGCAAACCCUGAAGCACCAAACCCCAAAGAACUGAACCCCAAAGCACCAAACCCUGAAGCACCAAACCCCAAAGAACUGAACCCCAAAGCACCCAACCCCAAAGCACCCAACCCUGAAGCACCAGACCCCAAAGCACCAAACUCUGAUGCACCAAACCCCAAAGAACUGAACCCCAAAGCAUCAAACCCCAGAGCACCGAACCCCAAAGCACUGAACCCCAAAGCACCGAACCCCAAAGCACUGAACUCUGAUACACCAAACCCCAAAGCACCAAAUCCCAAAGCUCUGAACCCCAAAGCACCAAACUCUGAUGUACCAAACCCCAAAGCUCUGAACCCCACAGCACCAAACCCCAAAGCUCUGAGCCCCAAAGCACCAAACCCCAAAGCUCUGAACCCCAAAGCACCAAACCCUGAGACACCGAACCCCGAAGCACCGAACCCCGAAGCACCGAACCCUGAAGCAAUGAACCUCAAAGCUCUGAACCCCAAAGCUCUGAACCCCACAGCACCAAACUCUGAUACACCAAACCCCAAAGAACUGAGCCCCAAAGCAUCGAACCCCAAAGCAUCGAACCCCAAAGCAAUGAACCCCAAAGCACCAAACCCUGAAGCAUUGAACCCCAAAGCACCAAACCCCAAAGCUCUGAGCCUCAAAGCACCAAACUCUGAUACACCAAACCCCAAAGCCCUGAACCCCAAAGCUCCGAACCCCAAAGCACCGAACUCCAAAGCACCGAACUCCAAAGCACCGAACUCCAAAGCACUGAACUCUGAUACACCAAACCCUGAAGCACCAAAUCCCAAAGCUCUGAACCCCAAAGCACCAAACUCUGAUGUACCAAACCCCAAAGCACCAAACCCCAAAGCAUCAAACCCUGAAGCACCAAAGCCCAAAGCAAUGAACCCCAAAGCUCUGAACCCCAAAGCACCAAACCCCAAUGCACCAAACCCCAAAGCACUGAAUCUGGACGCAUCAAAUUCCAAAGCUCUGAACCCCAAAGCAUUGAACCCCAAACUACCCAAACCCAAAGCAUCGAACCCCAAAGCAUUGAACCCCAAAGCUCUGAACCCCAAAGCACCAAAUCCCAAAGCACCGAACCCCAAAGGAUCGAACCCCAAAGGAUCGAACCCCAAAGCACCAAACUCUGAUGUACCAAACCCCAAAGAACUGAACCCCAAAGCACCAAACCCUGAAGCACCAAACCCCAAAGCUCUGAACCCCAAAGCACCAAACCCCAAAGCACUGAAUCUGGAUGCACCAAACCCCAAAGCACCAAACCCUGAAGCACCAAAGCCCAAAGAACUGAACCCCAAAGCACCGAACCCCAAAGCUCUGAACCCCAAAGCACCCAACCCCAAAGCUCUGAACCCCGAAGCACCAGACCCCGAAGCAAUGAACCCCAAAGCACCCAACCCCAAAGCUCUGAACCCCAAAGCACCAAAUCUGGAUGCACCGACCCCCAAAGCACCAAACUCUGAAGCAUUGAACCCCAAAGCACUGAACCCCAAAGCACCGAACUCCAAAGCAUUGAACCCCAAAGAACCAAACCCCAAAGCACCGAACCCUGAAGCACCGAACCCCAAAGAACUCAACCCCAAAGCACCCAACCCUGAAGCACCCAACCAUGAAGCACCCAACCCUGAAGCACCAAACCCCAAAGAACUGAACCCCAAAGCAUCGAACCCCAGAGCACCGAACCCCGAAGCACCGAACCCCGAAGCACCGAACCCCGAAGCACCGAACCCCGAAGCACCAAACCCCAAAGCUCCGAACCCCAGAGCACCGAACCCCAGAGCACCGAACCCCAAAGCUCCGAAACCCCAAAGCACCAAAUCUGGACGCACCAAACCCCAAAGCACCGACCCCCAAAGCUCCGAACCCCAACGCUCCGACCCCCAAAGCUCCGACCCCCAAAGCUCCGAACCCCGCCUCCCCACAGCCGCCCCCCCGAACCCCACCGCGCCGCGCCGCGGCGCGCACCGCCCGCUCUCUCCCCACGGAGCGCUCCGUGCCGACGCGCUGUGCGCGCCCCGCGCUGCGCCUUUGAGCCGCCCAUUCUCUGUCGCCUCCACCACGCGUCCGGCGCGGAGUGAUGACGUCAGAGAAAGGGGGCGUGUCCCCGCCUUGGCCCCGCCCCCUUCUCCGGCCCCGCUCUUGGCCACGUGGGAGCCGCGCGCCGCUUUGCCGACGUGUCCCUGGCGCCGCGUGCCCCGGAAGUCCCGCCCUCCCCGAGUGGGCGGGGCGUAUGCCGGAGGGGGCGGGGCUUGCCGCGACGUCACCGAGCCCAGCCAGUAG